UUUUCUUUUCUUCUUUCUUUCGUAUAUACAUAAAAAUAUGUCUGCUCAAAAGAUUUCCAUUGUUUGUCUCCCUGGUGAUGGUGUUGGACCUGAAAUUGUCGCAGAAGCUGUCAAGACGCUUCAAAUUAUCGCUAAACAUCGUUCUCAAGCUCUCGGUGUCGAAUUUGACUUUAAAUACGAAUUGAUUGGUUUAGAUGCUAUUGAAAAGACAGGUGAACCUCUUCCUGAUAAAGCCCUUCAAGCCUGUAAAGAAGCCGAUGCUAUUCUUUUGGGUGCCGUCGGUGGCCUUCCUGGUGCUCAAAUCGGUAAUGGUCCUCGUCCCGAACAAGGUCUUUUGAAGCUUAGAAAAGAACUUGAUUUGUAUGCUAAUUUGCGUCCUGUUUCAUUUGCUUCUGAAUCAUUGACAAGUCUUUCUCCCUUGAAGGAUCACGUUGUUCAAGGUACUGAUUUUGUGUUUGUACGUGAGUUGGUAGGUGGUAUUUAUUUUGGUGAACGUAAAGAAGCUGGUGAAGAUGGUCAAGCUUAUGAUACCAUGCCUUAUUCAAAGCCAGAAGUGGAGCGUAUCACUCGCUUAGCUGCUCUCUUGGCCAAGAAACAAUCCCCACCUGGUAAGAUUCACUCUGUUGAUAAAGCCAAUGUUUUGGCCACAUCUCGUCUUUGGCGUAAGACAGUGACUGAAACCAUGGAUAAGGAAUUCCCUGAACUUCAAUAUGAUCAUCAAUUGGUCGAUUCUUGUGCCAUGGCUAUGGUCCAACGUCCUACUAGUCUUAAUGGUGUUGUCUUGACAGAAAACAUGUUUGGUGAUAUUUUGUCCGAUGAAGCCUCUGUGAUUGUAGGCUCUCUUGGUUUGUUACCUUCUGCCUCUCUCAGUGGUUUGCCUGAUGGUAAGGGCAAAUGUCUUGGCGUGUAUGAACCUAUUCAUGGUUCUGCUCCUGAUAUUGCCGGUCAAGGCAUUGCCAACCCUAUUGCUACUAUUCUUAGUGCUGCCAUGUUACUUAGAUACUCUCUUGGAUUUGAGGCUGAAGCUCGUGCUGUUGAAGAAGCUGUUCGUAAAGUCUUGGAUUCAGGUUUCCAUACCCGUGAUCUUCAUGGUGACAAGAACACUGUUGAAGUUGGUGACAAGGUUGCUGAAGAAUUAGCUACUUUGUUAAAGCAACUUUAAAUCCCCCCUUUUUUUUUUUUUUUUACUUUUUCUAGAAUUUGAAUGUAUUAUUCACUUGUAUAUUUGUUUUAUAAUAAUAAUAAAAAACCUUCAACGUAAUGCCACUAUAGAAAUUAAGAAAGUGCUGUUUGUUUUCUGCAAAU